GGUAGGGUGUGGCCACGGGCGCCAGUCUCUCCGUGUGAUGCAUCGUUAUCCCAAACACUUCGUCCAUGUCCAAAUCCUCCGCUGUAACUCCCGCCGGCAGCUCCCACUCGAAGCUAUGCAGAAGCUUAGCCAACGCGAUCUCCACGCCGGCCGUCCCAAACGCUAUGGCCAGGCACCCGCGGCGCCCUGCGCCAAAAGAAUUCGAUGUGAGCUUGGCCACUGCGAUGCCUCCUUACUUGCUCCCCUACGCCAUUUCUGCUUCCUUUCCAACGUCCGUGGUGAAGCUGAAGCAUGUCCCGUUACAUGCAUUGAAUUGGAUUGGUGGUCCAUACAAGUGGUGGCUUGCUUGCUCACGGCCAUCGACCAGCUUUGAGCAACGCUUACUCUGUGCUGUUCAAAGUUGCCUGAGAGAUUCCCAUUCUGAGCAGCCUCUUUAUGUGUGGCUGGAAGACAUGACUGCAUGGCGUUCCACUAAAGUUGGGGCAAGGCAAAAGGCCUGUUAUCUUGCCUUCCAAGUGCUGCAUCAAUAUAAUCAAGGAUAUCUUAUCUUAUUUAGAUCCUCGGCAACUAUCUUCAUGUCUACCCAUAUUCUUCAAUUUUGUAUCAGCAGCAUCACUCUGAAAUUUUUUCCCACCAAGGUUUCUAUCAUCCUAUUCAGAAUCUGAAUUAGAUGAAGAUCGGACGAAUUAUUAUUGACGUUGAUGGAGAAAUGACUAGGAUACCCUUCUCGUAUACUCUUACAAGAACGGAUCUCAGUGGUGCUGACAGACGACGAUGAGUGAAUUGGCGGUACUUGAGCUCUGCGCACACUCAGGGAAGCGUACGGAACGUUAGAGGCCAGAAAUCAGAAAAAAAAAUUCCGGAGCAGGUCCUUUGACGUUCAAGUCAAGUACUUUUUCCUCAGAGAAAACAGUAUACGAAGGAUAAAGAAAAGUAGAAGAUCAGUGGAAAUGCGCGAGAAAGCGUACUUACGCAAGGAAGAGGAUCUCCCUUUUUAUAUGACAGUGUGUAACUCUGUAGCAUGACUGAUGUUAGGGAAUGUCGGGUGUCAGGACCUGUCUAGUGAUGAAGAGCGUGUACCUCCCUUUUGUAGACUGGAAAAAAGUUCUAUUCGCAGAUGACCACCGACCGUUGGAAUAUUCCCUGACAUACAACAGUUAUUAUCUGACAGUCGAUUACGAUCCCCUGACCUUGUUGUCGUGUAGCCCCUUUUGUCACGACUGGGUAUGAAUAGGAGAACCUCGAGAUGGUUGGUAGUUGACCUACUGGGAGGACCAGGCUUGGAUAUAGCUGAGCUGUGGAAAUCCGACCAGUCGGAACAGGUCAGGUAUUAUCCCGACUACCCAUCAUGUCUCAGACCUAGGUGUCUCAGAUCUGGGGUCCUGAUCUAUGAAAACCCGACUGAAAAUCAUGUCGCUAAUGUCGUUAGACGGUCCUAUCUCUUCUUUCCCUAACUAC